AUGGUACGGAAAUCGAUCCUUGUGUACGACCUGCUCAGGACCGAGCAACCGGAAGAGGGUUUCACCGAGAAGGAGAUCGUGGAGCAGAUCAGUAACAAGCACGACAUCAUGCCCGGGAAAGCGCUUCGAAAGCAAGUGGCCGUGGCGCUUCGUCGUGGCGUCGAUUUCGGCAUCAUAGCCAAGAAGAAUAACAAAUUUAGAUUCGAUCCCGACACAGCGAAAGGUAAUGUCGCCAAGCGGACUUCCUUGAGGAGGAAUACGAAUCGAGGGAGGAACAAGAAGAAGAGCGCGAAGAAGGCGGCGAGGGCGAAGAACGAGCGAAAACGACCGGGCGAGAGAAAGAACGCGAAAAAUCGUAAUCAGAAACGGACCCUACCGCAACCAAAAUUGCCAAAAUCGUGGACACCGAAUAGGAGAAACUUGGUCGACGAGCCCGUUUCGAAAGUGAAAAAAAUUUAA